AUGGCACCACCAAAGAAAACUGUUAAGAUGGACUUGAAUUCGUUCUUGAACGACGAUACAUUCGGUUCAUCUUGGGCCGAGGAAGAUGUUGACUUGAAUAAGAUUACCAUUCCGAUCGACAAUUUGAAGGCCAACACUAUUCCAUUGGAAGAAUUAGCGGCCAAAAAGAAUGCCAGCGGAUUCAGCAAAUUUGGCGGCAGCAGUAGCGGAGGAUCUAGAUUGGAUCCCGCAUUGGGUGGUAGUGGUAGACACGACUUCUCAGACCGUGUUGAAUAUCCUGUUCCAGAUCGUGCACCAUACAGGGCUAUCAUCAAUAAUAUUCCAUGGGACAUAUCACCAGAGGGUGUGCAGGCGUGGGUUGAAGAUGGUUUGCAUGAGCCGGAUUCCGUGGUUGAGGUUGACUUACCCAGAAGUAUGAAGGAUCCAACCCGUUUGAAAGGUAUCGCUUUUGUCACUUUGAAGGAGCGUGAAGGGUUGGUAAAGACUUUGACUUUCAAUGGAACAAAACUAAAUGAACGUACCGUCUACGUUUCAGUAGCCGCACCAAGGAGAGAAGGAUUCGGGGGUUCUGGUGGUGACUUCGAUUGGAACGGAGCCAGAGGAUCCAAUUACCAAGCCUCAGGCGAUGCGGGUCCUGAUUUAGAUUGGGGUUCCGCAAGAGGAUCCCAAUUCCAGGAAAGAGGACCAAGAAGAGAGGAAGUGGACCUAGAUUGGGGUGAUGUCAGAGGAUCUCAAUUCCAGGAAUCAAGACCAAGAAGAGAAGAGCCAAAUCUAAAUUGGGGUGAAGCUAGAGGAUCUCAAUUCCAGGAAAGAGGACCAAGAAGAGAGGAAGUAGACUUAGAUUGGAGUGAUGUCAGAGGAUCCCAAUUCCAAGAAAGCAAACCAAGAAGGGAAGAGCCUAAUUUGAAUUGGGGCGAUGCCAGAGGCUCUCAGUUUCAAGAAAGGAAACCAAGAGGAGAAGAGCCUAAUCUGGACUGGGGUUCAGCAAGGGGAUCCCAAUUUCAAGGACGUCCUGAAUUUAAGGAAAGAAAGCCAAGAAAGGAUGGGCCUCAAUUAGAUUGGGCAGGUGCCAGAGGAGCCCAAUUUCAAGAUAGGGAAAAGAGAAGGCCAAGAGCAGAAAAAACUCGAUCUACUGAAGUAGCAGCUGAAACACCAAAAAUCCAAAGGUCAGCAUUCGAUGUUUUAAGUAGCCAAGAUGAUGACGAGGAUGACAAAGAAACAGAUACACCGGUAAAGAAAGAAGAUGACAGUGUCACCAAACUUUCGCAAGAUACUGCCAACCUAGAUGUCCAAGAUAAGGAUGAGUGGGAAACUGUUGGAAAAAAAUGA